UCCGUGCCCCUUGUCGGGCCGCUUGUUUGGCUGCUGCCGUCACCUCAUGGCGACGCGAGUAGAGGAGGCAGCGCGGGGAAGAGGCGGCGGCGCCGAGGAGGCUAUUGAAACCGGACGGGGCGGACGGCGACGCAGCCCGCGGCAGAAGUUUGUGAUUGGCACAAUGGAAGAAGCUGGAAUGUGUGGGUUAGGGGUGAAAGCAGACAUGUUGCGCAACUCUCAAUCAAAUGAUAUUCUUCAACAUCAAGACUCAAAUUGUGGCGGUACGAGUAACAAGCAUUCAUUGGAAGAGGAUGAAGGCAGUGACUUUAUUACAAGGAACAGGAGUUUGAUGAGCCCAGCAUACUGUACACAAGAAUCGAGGGAGGAAAUUCCUGGGCGAGAGGCUCGAACAGAUCCCCCUGACGGUCAGCAAGAUUCAGAAUGCAACAGAAACAAAGAGAAAACAUUAGGAAAAGAAGUUUUAUUAUUGAUGCAAGCCCUAAACACCCUUUCAACUCCAGAAGAGAAACUGGCAGCUCUCUGUAAGAAAUAUGCUGAUCUUCUGGAGGAAAGCAGGAAUGUUCAGAAGCAAAUGAAGAUUUUGCAGAAGAAACAAGCCCAGAUCGUGAAAGAGAAAGUUCAUUUGCAGAGUGAGCACAGCAAGGCUAUCUUGGCAAGAAGCAAACUAGAGUCUCUUUGCCGGGAACUUCAGCGUCACAAUAAGACAUUAAAGGAAGAAAACAUGCAGCAGGCACGAGAGGAGGAAGAAAGACGUAAGGAAGCCACCGCACACUUCCAAAUUACUUUAAAUGAAAUCCAAGCACAGCUCGAACAACAUGACAUACACAACGCCAAGCUCCGCCAGGAAAACAUCGAACUGGGAGAGAAGCUUAAGAAGCUCAUUGAACAGUACGCACUGAGAGAGGAGCAUAUUGAUAAAGUGUUCAAACAUAAGGAGUUACAGCAGCAGCUUGUGGAUGCCAAGCUUCAGCAGACGACACAGCUAAUAAAAGAAGCUGAUGAAAAACAUCAAAGAGAGAGAGAGUUUUUAUUAAAAGAAGCAACAGAAUCAAGGCACAAAUAUGAACAAAUGAAACAGCAAGAAGUACAACUAAAACAGCAGCUUUCUCUUUAUAUGGAUAAGUUUGAAGAAUUCCAGACUACCAUGGCAAAAAGCAAUGAACUGUUUACAACCUUCCGGCAGGAGAUGGAAAAGAUGACAAAGAAAAUUAAAAAACUGGAAAAAGAAACAAUAAUAUGGCGUACCAAAUGGGAAAACAACAACAAAGCGCUUCUGCAAAUGGCUGAAGAGAAAACUGUCCGUGAUAAAGAGUACAAGGCCUUUCAGAUAAAACUGGACCGGUUAGAGAAGCUGUGCAGGGCUCUUCAAACGGAACGGAACGAGCUCAAUGAGAAGGUGGAAGUCUUGAAGGAGCAGGUCUCGGGGAGGGCUGCAGGUGCGGACCUAGCACUGCCUGGAACGCAGCCCUGCGCUGCCCCGGUGUCCCCCAAGGAGCCGAACACUGCUUCUGAAAGCGCCCCGGGAGUCUCCCCGGAGGCCGCGCCCAAGGCGGCGAAGGAGAGAACGGCCGUGUCCGCUGGGCCAGGUAUCGAGUCCGUCGACUGAAAUGAAGUAUGAUCACUGUAUCGAGAGCUAUAUUUUGUGUAUAACUUUCUGUUAGUAGUAACUAUUGGUUUUGUGGUGAAAAUUUUCUUACUUUUUCUACCAUAUCUGUAUUUUCUUAGAACUACUGGACUUACGUGGUACAGGAGGCUGCUUAGCAGUUUUGAAUAGUUUUCCUUCAAUACGUUUUCCUCAGCCGUGUUGCACAUCUGCCUCAUUUCCCUCCAUUGGAACGCAUGUGACCAUUGCUUUGUCCUAUCUUCCCUAUUCCUUGCACAGAAUUAUUCUCAUUUCACUCGAGAUGGGACCGAUCAUUACAGGGGAACUUUGUUCUGAUAAUGGUUCCUUGGUGUGAAAACCAUAUUCAUUUAAACAUCCUGGCCCCCCGAUUAAUAUUACUCAAAAAGAAAUCAAGAUGAUUAGCUUUGUCUUAACGGUCCAUUUAAAUGCCAAGUAAAAAUAAAGUAGGGUUGGGUCAGAAACCAGCAUAGCAUCUUUGAUUCAGAUUAGCUUUUUGAUAAUAUUUAUAUCACUUGACAAAUUGACAUGGCUGCAAGCCUCAAAUUAUUCAAAGUUUCGGCAGAUUAUGUACAUAAAGGUGUCACUUUUAAAAUAGUACAUACAGGCAAAUCAUCGGACAAACAGGCUUAAUCUUGUGACUAAAAACAAUCCUACUGCUUCGGUUUCAGGUUAGAACUAGAACCAGUGUUUGAACUUGGACCACCUAGACACUUGGACCGCCGUGGAAUAUGGUCGUUUGUUGGCUUUGUUUGGGAUUUGGGUGCACAUCCUCCACUUCCCGCAGAAAGCAGCCACUGGUGGUUGUCAUUUUAAGCCAGGGAGGGUUCAAUUCGCGUGUAGCUUUCAUCAAGCGGAAGUCCCUCCUCUGCUGCCGUCUGGCUACUUGAAAUUUGGUGUUCAGCUAGUUGUGUGAAUCCCAACAGCAUUUCUCCAGGUUUUUAAAAAGGGAAUUUUAAUUGUGGAUCAUGCUAACCGAAACAUUUUAUUUCCAAAACAGAAAAGACUGGAACUCACAUUUUUAACUGUGGGAAGACUUGGCAGAGAGUUUUAAGUAGUCAGGAUCCAUUACUUAGGCUCUUGGUGUGUGGCUCUACCACCCCCUUUUCUUACUUUUAAGAGAAAAGCCAGUAUUAAUUAAUCUAGGUCUCUGCAAUUGGCUUGGACUGGGGGAACUUGCCCUCUGAAGCAUGUCACUUCUGAAUUUGUUCGGCUUUCCUUUGUUGUUAAUCAUGUUGAGUGUGGCUGAGUUAUGCAAAUGAGAGGUCAGGUUGCACCAUGAAAGCUUGGACUUUGAUUUGCAUUGAAAAUACUUUAUGAAAUAAAAAGGCUCUACUAGAAUGGAUGCUCUAGCACAUUCCCCUGGGCACAACUAUCAAACUGAAAUUGCUCACUGGACUGAAUGAAGUUUGUUCUGUCUAGUUAAAAAGGUUUUCUCUUUAAAAUUGUAAAGUCCUGUCACAGUCCUAGUCUAAACUGGGUUCAGAGAAUCGAAAGUUGUCUAAAGGAAACUUCCACCCUCGGUCAUAUGAAAUCGAGGGGUCAGACAGUGGAGGAAAAGAAAAGCACAGAGCACAUUGUGUCAUUACUGUCAAAAGGAGUCGGAAGCAAAAACAAAUACCCCUCCUCCAACGGCCUCUUCUUAUAAAUACUCCUUUCUGCUACUAGAUGAAAUGUUGGACUCGUUUCCCCUAGAGGAGAUGAAGGUAUAUAUCAAAUAUAAUCUACUUUGAAAUUAGUACUAAUGAUAUUUCACAAGAACUCUGCUGGAUGUACAGCUCUUACUGAAGCCAUUUGUGUAGCUCACCACGUUUCUUUGUGGUGCUUGUCCUGUGUGGAAGAUGUAAAUCUUGGACCUGUUGCAUAUUUUCAAGGGCUUUAUAAAGCAAUGUGAUUAAUAGUACUUGGCCUGCUGCUUUUGGCUUACUAUGUAUUUGUAGCUAGAUGCGAUCACGGUAUUUCAGGGAGGUAGAUUCUGCUUGGGAUGCACUAGGUGUCUUUUCAGAAUCUUGCCUCCCCUUACCCUGUGAAUCAAAACAAAUGGGACCCUCUGAGAUCUCCUCCCCACCCCCAAGCUGUCACCUCACCAGCUCAGUGUUGUGGCUUUGUAGCACGCCCUGUGUCCACCAUAUUCUAGAACACUGUAAUGCUCUUAGGCUGGUCCAGAAAAGGUUUAAGUGUCGAAUUCACUUCAGUUGCAUUUGUUGCACCAUCCUGGGAUCUUGCUGUGUAUUAUUUCUAGUGGUGGUAGACUCCACGGAGUAGAGAAUACUUGGAUCAUGGACCAUUUCACCCUCAGACUCCUAACAGAGUACAUUUCUUGGUCUUGAGACCAGUGUUUUUUUAGUUAUGUAUGCAACUGCCUUUAUUACACCUGGUUAUCACAAUUCAAUUCUCAGGUGUUGCAGAAAAAUCUACCUCUUUCAGACUGUAGAUGGAAAUAACUGUGAAAAAAAAAAAAGAUGCAGAGAUCUUCUAGUUUGUGCUAAACACACUGCUUUAUUUUUUACAGCCCACGUCUUUCAUGAGGAUACGAAUUGUUCAGAGGCAGUCUUGUUUUGCUUUUCAAAGACAUUUUGUAGAGAUUUUUCACUAAUGUGAAUCUGAUUUUAUCUACUCGAUUCUGUAUAGAUGAAGUAAAUAUGUAUGAUAAAUUUAA